AUGAAGGUGCCAGUCCAACAGCAGGAUGCCAGACGACGAAGACAGUGGCUCAACACCUCGGACAACUCUAAGCUUGUCUUUCGCAGAGAGCUCCUCGAAUCUGCAGAUAGCGUUGCUUUGAAGACGGAGCGUUCGGUUGCGCCAAUCCGCAAACAGGAUGGGGCUCUUUUUGAGAACGGCAAGUCGUUUUCUGAGCUAGGUAUUCACGAGCAGAUCUGUGAGAUAUUGAAAAGUAAGCUCCAGGUUCAUAAUCCGACGUUUAUUCAGCAGCAAGCAAUUCCGCGAAUAAUGAGUGGAGAGGACGUUAUAAUCAAGGCACAGACCGGGUCAGGAAAGACCCUUGCAUUCCUUCUCCCUGUUUUGACCAAGCUAUUUACCGACUAUCAGCAACGGGGUCCGUCCUCGUUCAAGCGGGAGGAGUGGGCUUCGAAGGUCUUGAUUGUUAGCCCCACAAAGGAGCUUGCCAUGCAAUCGGAGCUGGUGGUUGCAAGCCUCCUCUCACGGACUGUGAUGGUUUCGGGGUCCUUGAUUGGUGCCGUGCCUAGAGACAAAGAGAAGGCUAGUCUCCGUAAAGGAAUUACCGUGAUAUCUGGAACACCGGGGAGGAUCCAGGAUCACCUCAAUCAGACUGCCUGCUUCAAGCUGACGAAUAUACAGGUCGUUGUUCUGGACGAAUGUGACCAGCUGAUUUCUCACGGGUUCUCCUCUGCUUUGCAGGCCAUUUUGUCCCAUGCACGUAAAGCUAACCCAAAAUUGCAAGUGAUCUUGGCCUCUGCGACGGCGGAUCGUCGCGUCCUAGACUUUGUUCGAAGCAGUGUUCGCGAAGCAAUCCCAAUAGGAGAUUUAUUUUCAGCUGAACCGGUAAACCCUCAACCAGAAGCUGGGCUUGCCAAGGCGGUUACACCUGCGUCUCUUGAACAAAGGUUUUGCAUAGUGCCGAGUAAGAUGCGGCUUGCCCUCCUAAUCUCUACCCUUGCUUUCGAGACGGUGAAGGCUAGCGAGUCCAAAACUGCUGUACGGAUCCUUGUGUUUGCAGAGACCAAGGACGUGUGCUCUUUGUUGAACGAGAUCUUGAUGCGGCUUUCCGAGGCAGAGACAUCUGAAGAUCACUUCAUACUAGCUAAGAUCUUUCAUCUUCACGGGUCUCUGGGGGUUGAAGAUCGCCAGAUUGUCUGGCACAAGUUCUUGGAGUCUGGUGGGAUUCUGGUGGCCACUGAUGUGGCGGCGCGUGGCCUAAAUCUAGGAUCAGGAGCACUGUCAUCGGGGCUGCACGGAGUCGACCUUGUUAUUCAAUUUGAAGCACCUUCAUCGUGUGAGCAGUACGUGCACAGAGUUGGCCGUGCAGGUCGUAUGGGACAACGUGGAAGGUCCAUUCUUUUUCUCCUUGAAAAUGAAGCUGGCCUCGUGCCAUUGCUGGGCAGUUAUGGUAUUGCUCUUGCAGCUACUCCCGUUGACGCCCUUGCGGAGCGGGUCCUUGAGUACAGAAAGCCAAUUCGAUUGAUGGAAAGGGUACAGGCUAAAGUUGAGGAGCUGAUUGCGGGCGACAAGGAGCUUCGCCACAUGGCCGUGCAAGCAUUCUCAAUGUAUAUCCGGGGGUACUCCAUGAAGUCCUCAGAUGUACGCCACAUUUUCAAUCUGAAGAGCUUGCACCUGGGACAUAUAGCGAAAGGAUUUGGACUAUCCGAGCCUCCAUCUAAGGUCUUGGGGGAGUUUCGGCCAUCCAAGAAGCAGAUCAAGGAGGCGCGGAUGGAGAGGCUUGCAAAGGUGCAUGGAGUUAAGAUGAAGAGCAAGUGCAAUCCACGCCUCAAGACGAAGUUUGACGCGUCGGAAAGAGACAACAGACCGGUCUUUAAGGAACAAUACUCUUUACCGAAUAAAUAG